AUUUGAGUGCAUUUGUUGUAAUAAAUCAAACACAAAAACAAAAACCUCAACACAUGUAUAGCCAGAGAGAAGUACGAUGCCGUUGCGGUAGAUGGAUGUGGGCUCAACCGGGCGUUGGUGCUAUCCAAUGCUCAACUUGUCAUACCGUGACGCAGCUCCACUCUCUCGUUGAUGCACUCCGUGGUGCGCAGCGCAUCAUUUAUGGGAUUCAACAGCUCCGUAGACAACAACAACAACAGCCGCCACAAGUGAUGAUGGCUCAACGAUCACCACCACAGAUGAUGAUGGCUCAGGCUCAGCGGUCACCACCACAGAUGCUGAUGGCUCAACUGCCACCACCACCACCGCCUAGGUUGCUCGAGGCUCUUCCCUCGCCGUUUGGGAAUAAGAGAGCUGUUUUAUGCGGCGUGAACUAUAGAGGGAAAAGCUAUAGUUUGAAAGGUUGCAUUAGUGAUGCAAAGUCCAUGAGAUGUUUCUUGGUUCAACAAAUGGGUUUCCCUAUUGAAUCUAUUCUCAUGCUCACAGAAGAUGAAUCCUGUCCGCAGAAAAUACCAACGAAGAAAAACAUGAGAAAAGCAAUGAGAUGGUUAGUUGAAGGAAACAGAGCAAGAGACUCACUUUUCUUCCACUACUCUGGUCAUGGAGCUCAGCAGAAGGACUACGAUGGAGAUGAGAUCGACGGUCAAGAUGAAGCCUUGUGCCCUUUAGACCAUGAGACAGAAGGAAAAAUCAUCGACGACGAGAUUAACAAGAUACUCGUGAGGCCAUUAGUCCAUGGAGCUAAGCUUCACGCUGUGAUCGACGCAUGUAACAGUGGGACUGUCUUUGACUUACCCUUCCUUUGCAGGAUGGAGAGGAAUGGUUCUUAUGAUUGGGAGCAUCAAGGAUUAGGGAGAAUUUACAAAGGAACAAAUGGUGGAGAAGCUUUCUGUUUCAGUGCUUGUGAUGAUGAUGAAGCCAGUGGUUACACUCCUAUGUUCACGGGAAAGAACGCAGGAGCCAUGACUUAUAGCUUCAUAAACGCGGUAAAGACAGCAGGAUCAGCACCCACGUAUGGUCAGCUUCUUAACGCUAUGUGCUCUUCGAUACGCGAUGCUCAGUCUCGCCUCACUAACACAGACUCUGAUGAGUCCUCGGAGCCACUGUUAACAUCAUCAGAGAAAUUCAACAUAUAUGCGACAAAGUUUGUGCUCUGAAGACUGUUUAAAAAUACAAAAAUUUCAUAUUCUGCAAAUAACUCGGAAAUGUUGUCCACAUAGACCCCUACUUUUCUAUGUAUCAUGUAGUGGGAUGCCUGCAGCAAACUUGUGAAAGCUGCAACAAGUCUCUUCUUUGUAUUAAUAAACCUAUGAUUAGUAAUAUUAAUGGAAUAACUGAUUUACUUAUAGUAAUUGAAUAGGAAAUGAAGAUGUACCAACAUCUCUUUUUUUUACACAUAUA